AUGGCGCCUCGAAUAAAUUUACCACCGGUUACGAGGGCCCUCCUCAUCGUCCUCAUAUUCCAGUCCGUCCUGAGCGCUGCCAUCAGAUACCGGCACUGGGUCAGCCGCAUCCCCUCCGCCGCGGAUACCACCACAGGCGGCAGCGCCGCAAGCGCCGCCAACGACGUCGUCUUCAUCCCCUAUCUCACGCUGGUGCCCCAGCUGUCGAUAGUGUAUCCCUGGACGUUCCUCACGACGACACUGGUGGAGAGCAACAUAUUCACCCUGGGCAUCGCGGGAGCCACACUUUUCUACGGGGGCAGGUACCUUGAGCGAGCUUGGUCGUCGCGCGAGCUGGCCAAGUUCAUGGGCAUCGUGGCGCUGAUUCCCAAUGUGUUGACGUUUUUCGUGCUCUUCAUUCUCUUUGCACUGUCGCGGAAUGAGACCUGGACACUCACCGUCAUAUCCGGCACCGUCCCUGUCCAAAUCUCCUUCCUCGUCGCUUUCGGCCAACUCAUCCCCGCCCACACAGUCACCCUCUUCCGGGGCCUCAUCUCGCUGCGCGUGGUGCGCUUUCCGCUCGUCUACGUCGGCAUCGUGGCCGUCCUGUCGCUCACGCCCCUCCUGUCGAGCGCGGCCACACUGCUCGCCUUCACGGGCUUCCUGACCAGCUGGACAUACCUGCGCUUCUACAAGACUGUCUUCCCGGACCUGGACGCUUCGCAGGCCCCACCCCUGCGGGGCGAUGCGAGCGAGACCUUCGCCAUGGCCGAGUUCUUCCCCGCGUCCGCGCGACCUUUUGUCGCCGCGGUGUCCGACCAGGUCUUUGACGUGCUCGUCUCGGCGCGCCUCUGCACGCCCUUCUCCCCCGCCGACGUCUCGGCCGCGAGGGGCGACGCCGCCUCCAGCUUCCUCCAGCGGGGCACCCCGGGAACGGCGCGUGCAGAGGCCGAGAGGCGGAGGGCGAUUGCUCUGCGCGCGCUCGACCAGCGCCUAAACUCUGCUUCCUCGACGACGACGGCGGCGGCGGCGGCGGCGGCGGCGGCGGCGGGUACUGGCCCCUCGGCACCUGCGCGGACCUCUGCCAGCACCGCAUCCGAGACAAAGACCCAGACGGCGACCACGUCUAAGCCUGGCGAGAUGCUCGGCGAGACUAAAUUUGAACCCGAUGACCAUGACGACCACGUCGCCGGAAGGAGCUGA